CUGCGCUCAGUUUCGAUUCCCCGCCAGCCUCCCGGAGACCGCGCGGCAACCCGUCCCGGCGCCACCCGUCCCAGCGCGAGCCGUGCGGUCCCCCGAGGAGCGCCAUGGCGGACCUGUCCCUGGCCGAGGAGCUGACGUGCUCCAUCUGCCUGGAUCUCUUCAGGAUGCCGGUCACCACCCCGUGCGGCCACAACUUCUGCGGACAGUGCCUGGACGAGACGUGGGCCGCCCCGGGCGCGGCGUACCAGUGUCCACAGUGCCGCAGAACGUACAAGGUGCGGCCGCAGCUGCACAAGAACACGGUGCUGUGCGCCGUGGUGGAGCAGUUCUCGAAAGUCGAACAGGCCCGCGCGACAGUGCCCGACGGCUGGACGCUGCCCUCCCGCGCCGAGGCCCCCCAAUCCACCGGCCAGGUGUCCUGCGACCACUGCCUGAAGGAGGCUGCCAUCAAGACGUGCCUCGUGUGCAUGGCCUCCUUCUGCCAGGAGCACCUGCGGCCGCACCUCGACAGCCCCGCCUUCAAGGACCACCCGCUGCAGCCGCCGGUCCACGACUUGUUGAACCGAAAGUGUCCCCAGCACAACCGGCUGCGCGAUUUCUUCUGCCCCGAGCACAGCGAAUGCAUCUGCCAUGUCUGCCUGGUGGAGCACAAGAUCUGCUCUCCUAUGCCUUUGAGUCAGGCCAGCGCAGACCUGGAGGCCAAGCUGAAGCAUAAACUGACUGUCAUAUACGGUCAGAUCAACGGUGCGUCGAGAGCGCUGGAGGAUGUGAGAGCCAGGCAGCAGGAUGUGCGGGAGGCUGCCCAAAGGAAGAUGGAGCACCUUAGACAAGAGUACUUGGAGAUGAAGGCUCUCGUGGACGCCUCCGAGGCCAGCUCCACACAAAAGAUAAAGGAAGAGGAGAAGCGGGUCAGCAGCAAGUUCGACACCAUUUACCAGAUCCUCCUCAAGAAGAAGAGCGAGAUCCAGACUGUGAAGGAGGAGAUUGAACUUGCCCUGAAGAAGGGGGACGAGUUUGAGUUUCUGGAGAAAGGGGCAAAACUGCAAUCAAUCUCAACGAAGCCAGUCUACAUCCCCAAGGUGGAGCUGAACCAUGAGCUGAUCAAGAGCAUCUGCCAGAGCACCUCAGAUGUCAAAGCCGAGCUGAAGCGGUGCCUCCGACAGGCCCAGGACAAGGAGCCCUCCGACUCGGGGGACCCUGCAGAGCAUGUCACGCAGCCCACGCCAAAACCCUCACGCCCUGGGAAGAAGGUCCUGAAGGAAGAAAAGAAACCCAAGAAACUUCCCACCACCAGUGUGUCACCCAGCAAGCUUCCCACCUUUGGAACCCUGGAACAGUUAGGCCUGGAUUUAAAACAAGCUGGCUUGGAGGCUGCAGCCAAACCCACCAACUUGCAGCCAAACUCGGCAUCGCUUCAGGCCAAGGUGCUGGAGAACUUCUUAGCCAAGUCCAGACCAGAGCUCCUGGAGUAUGCCGUGAAAGUCAUCCUGGACUACAACACUGCCCACAGCAAGGUGGUUCUAUCGGAGAACUACACUGUGGCUUCCGUGGCUGACACGCACCAGAGCUACCGGCCGCAUCCCCAGAGGUUCACGUACUGUUCUCAGGUGCUGGGCCUGCACUGCUACAAGAAAGGGAUCCACUACUGGGAGGUGGAGCUGCAGAAGAACAACUUCUGUGGCAUGGGCGUCUGCUACGGCAGCAUGGCAAGGCAGGGCCCUGAGAGCCGGCUCGGCCGCAACAGCGCCUCCUGGUGCGUGGAGUGGUUCAACACCAAGAUCUCUGCCUGGCACAACAACGUGGAGAAAACCCUGCCCACCACCAAGGCCACGCGCGUGGGUGUGCUUCUCAACUGCGACCAUGGUUUCGUCAUUUUCUUUGCCGUCGCUGGCGACAAGGUGCACGUGAUGUAUAAGUACAAGGAGGACUUUACCGAAGCUCUGUACCCAGCCUUCUGGGUGUUCUCCACGGGUGCCACGCUCUCCGUCUGCUCCAGCAAGUAGGCAGGCCAGGGACACUCCGGCCGACUGCCUGUGGAGCCCCCGGGACGCUGGUGAAAUUGCUGUAGGGGACUGUCUCGGAGUUCUUCUCUGAGAGUCCCCAGGGGGUGGCAGGGUGGGAGGGGAGCUGAUGGAAGGGGAGAGGGUGGGCAGAUGGGACAAGGGGCGCACUUUGCUGGGGAAGGGCGGGACGGGGGGCGGUGAUUGUACUGUGGACAGGGAAGCGUUCCCAUCUCUUGUUACCCAUCAAAGUAGGAGAGGCCUCUCCGCUUGCUCUGGUAGGUCCUUGGGCUGCCGGGCGGCUGGGUAAGGCUCUGUGGGUACAGUGAUUAGCGCCCUUUCCUCUGGGAGAAAAUCACUAGUCACUAAAGGUUCUUUCUCAGGCCAUUUGGUGUGCGCCUCUGCGCUCUUCUGAUCUUGGUGUUUUGAUUACUCUCUGCAGGGCUGUUCAGCUCUGUAGACCAGCAGUUUUCAACCAGGGCACACGUAGACUAAUUACUGAGGUUCCGUGGCACACUGGUUGAACGUUGCUGCUACAGAUUUGUUGUUCUGUGCAUUCGUGCAUCCAUUGGUUGGUUCCUGUCUGUACCCUGACCAAGAAUCAAACCCUCCACCGUGAUAUAUCGGGGUGAUGCUCUAACCACCGGAACUACCCAGCCACAGCUGCUGCUGUAGAUUUAGAAAAAAAAAUUGCAAGCUGUUGAGUUUCAAUAUUACUCCCCUGCCCUCCAUGCCGGUUCCCACAUGUGAGGAUUUGGGGAAGAAUGCUCAGAUUUCCAGUUAUUUUCUGUGCUCGAGGGCAACCACCCAAGGCAGGUCUCCACCAAGACCAGAGUUUCCCAAGGAAGUUGGUCCUCUUCCUCCACCAGAAGAUAGCCUCUCGUCCUUUCUGUCUUCAUCACCCCAGUGAGAAUGUUACAAUGUUUAAUCCAACAGGACCUUUUUCUGUCUCCAGCUUCAAACCAUGGUCUGAAUCAGCCUAUGCUGAAUUUCUGAUUCAAGGUUAAGGUGACCGAGGUCCUAUGUGAACAGAAACCCCUCUCGCUCCUGAAUAUUAGGAAAGGCAUCUCAAGAGAGAUGCUUUGCCUGCAGCCACAGAACCUUGCUGGAGGCUUCUUCCCAUAGCCUAGGCUUUGGGGCAGGGGACCCUGCUGGGCAGGGGAUCCUGACCAGGGCUGCCGUGAGUAUGGUGGUUUUGCUCCUGUUAGAGUGUCUUGCCUUCUUAUUGGCAACUCUUUGCAGAGACAGCUGCCUCUCCCCAGGUCUGUGGGAGGCUGGGUUGGCUGGAGUGGACCCUAUUCCGAUCGGCACACUUGAGCGGGUAGCUGAUCCCUCAUAUCGGAACCCUGGUGUCAUGAGACAGGUUGUGUGUGGCUGUCUCAGGGACCAUACUGGGUCACCUGCUGGCGUGACUGCCUACAGCCAAAAGGACCUCCUAGCAGAUGCUGUGGGAACACAGCCACAUUCCCGUUCGUCCCCGCCGCAGGCUGCAGACACGCCGCUGGCUCUUGCCUGUGUCAGAGGCCUGUUGCUGGUCCCUUUUGCUGUCUUCUUCGUUUGAGCCAAUUCCAGGUGCCGGGAUCGACCAGAUGAGGGGUCAGGAAGACUUUUAAGGAUUAGUGAAGGAACGAGCUAUGAAUACUCUAGGACAAGGAGCUAUUUUUGCUGCCGUGUUUCUGCACAGUGAAAAUAACCCUGGUCCACAAAGGGGCGGGAGUGAAUGGACAGCUGGAGUUUCCUCAGUUCACUGGGUCCUGGUGUCAGGAUGUAAGGGGAAGAAAUUUCACCUCUUGCAGUGAAAUGAGUCCUGCUCUGGGUUUGCCCCAAAGAGGAGCUCAGGCCAGGCUCCUUGUGGUUUGGAAAAGCGGCCACCACUGGGGAGGUGGGGAACUCCAGACCUUAUUUAAAGCAUGCCUGGCUUUGUGGUGGAAUUUGAGGACCCUCUGGCCUGGCCCGGAGCAUGUCAUCCUCCUGACAGACGUGUUGAUCUGUGCCAUCUCCCAACAAGGACUCUCACUUUCUUGGCGGGGAGAGGCCAUGUCUAUCGGGAAGAUCCUCCUGCAAUAGUUGAAGUAUGGUUUUUAAACAUCUUCUUACCUUGCUGCUGGGAAGAAAAGUUCUCUGGUGAUUCUUCUCUGCUUUUGGAGAUGGCCAAAAGCAUCUUCAUUGACCUUCUGAAACAAGAGCCUUGUCUGAAGCCAAGGGCUGCUUGAGAAACAGCUGGGCUUAGAGGAGAACACCGAGGCAGGACCCAGGGGUGCUCCUGUGGCUCUUCUGCAUAAACGAAGGUGACAGAGCAGGCCCUCCCCUGGUGAUCUACAGCUCAGGAGAGGGCGGCACAAGUCCCUCUGUUUAUAAGAGAGGCAAGUAGGUAACCUGUGCAAGGUGCUUUAGAGAUGCAGACUGAGGCGCACAGCCUUGUCUCCUCCGCCUUACGUUCUCUUGCCUUGCUGGGCUGCUGCUGCCCGACCUGGAGUCCCAGGGUUGGAGGGGCCUUCGUGUUCAUCUGACUUCUCGCUCUGCAGGGGAAGUCGAAUGGGGAGGUGUGGAUGGCUUGCUUGCCACUCUUGCCAGCCCAUCGCGGAGGAGAUGCCUCCUACAUGCCUCCCGCAUGCCCCCUGCUGCCCUGGAGAAGUGUCAGAAAUUCCCAGAAACGCAAACACAGAAAUACCAAUCCCAGACCUGGGUAUCCGGGCCUGUCUCAGUCAGUCUGGCGCAAUAAAGCCAAGACCGGGGUCAAGUUUUUGUGUUACUCAACACUGGUUGGCUGGUUUCUCCUGUUUGCAUGAUCUCCUGUCUGUAAUGGAUUUGUGAUCUAUAACUGAUGUGAUAUCCCUCACCUUGUUCUGCCCCCCAUUGAUUUUAAUUAAUUGGAGCUGUUAUUUGUUCAGCUGAUUUACUUUAGAGUUGAUUCUCUAGGAGAUAAUCAGGGCUGAAGACAAGGAUCUUUGGAAACCUGUGAGAAAUACGAGUACCAAAGCUGGCUGACUCGCCUUAGAGGCUUAGCAUGUAGUAAAACAGUGUUUGGUAUUCUUUCUUGCAUCUCAGGACCUAUGGACAGUGUUACUGACCUAUCACGCUGGGGUGAGCGAAGGAGGUGCCCAGGGGCCCCUGGGCACUCAGGCCCCACCCAGCUGCUUCCAGGAGUUGAGACUUCAGCAGAAUCUAGAGCCCAUUUGAGUCUGGCCAUGGGCAAGGAUUCUCGAUAAAGAAUUCUCAGACUGAUAGGAUGUCCCUCUGGGCUUUGCUUUGGGAUCAUCCAAAGAUGGGUGGUGGGAGAAGGGGCGGGGUGUGAAUGAGAGGGUGAGCAGGUGAUCUGUGGAACAGUGAGGGGAUGCAAGAGUUCACUGACAUGCCCUUUCUUCUGUUGCAUGUUUCAAAAAGUUCCACGGUAAGAAAUUUUAAAAUGAAACAAAGCAUAGUCCGGCCCGAGAUGGGCCCUGGAGGGUGGAUUCCAUCAUUGUCUGCAUUGGGUAGGGGUGUGGGUGUGAAGUGGUUACAUCGGGUCGUCCCCCCUGGUCUGUGCGGAGUGUGUUCCACCACCUUUGUGGACUCGAAACCAAGGGUAGUACCAAACCUAAUGGAUACUAUGUUUCUUCCUAUACAUACAUGCUUAUGAUAAAGUUUAACUAAUAAAAGUAGGCACAGUAAGAGGUUAGCAAUAAUAACUAAUGAUAAAAUAGAACAGCUAUAAUAAUAUAUGGUAAUGAAAGUUAUGUAAAUGUGCUCUCUUUCUCUGAAAAUAUCCGAUAAUGGCCCUGGCUAGUGUGUCUCAGUGGCUGAGUGCCAGACUAUGAAGCAAAGGGUCGCUGGUUUGAUUCCCAGUCAGGGCACACGCCUGGAUUGCAGGCCAGUUCCCUAGUUUGGGGCGCGUGAGAGGCAAGUGAUCAACAAAGAAUUGGACUGACCUUUGGUUCCCAGAGGGGUGAUUCUAAAUCCAGGGCAUCGCCUCAAUAAGAGGUGCAUCGUUGUACUUCACGAGUCCCUUGCACCCCACCUGAGUCCGUGCUCCGGGUUGAGAUGACCUGGGAUGGGGGCGGGUCAUUAGAAAGACCAACCAUGGGACUGGAGGUUGGGACUGUGAGCCAGACUGACCUCCAGGACGUGAGAGGGGCUAGAGGUUGGUUCAGUCAGUUACGUCUUUGUAAUGACCCCCAACCCCCCCCCC